UCUGCUCCGAACCGGGGUCCGCGGGCCCGGUGCUCCCCGGUAUCGGUCGGUCCGGCCCUCCCCGCUCACGGUGCCCGUUCUGUGCUCCCUCGCAGCGCCAAGAAGGGCAGAUCCCAGCAGGAUCCCCGGGCAAGGUGGCUGAAGGCAGCCAUCCUCCUCCUCUUCCUCUGCGCCGCGGCCGGCGGCGGCCUCGUGGUCUGGAGCCGCGUCCGCACCCAGGAUGGGAUCCCCGAGGGUGGAAUCCCCGCAGACGGGGUCACCGAGGUGCUGGCCCAUCGCAGUGACACCCUGCAGGACAAGUUCGUGGAGGUGCCCUGCUCCGAGGACUACGAGAGCCACCGGCGCUUUGCAGGUUGCACUCCUAGGAAGUGUGGAAGAGGGGUGACAGAUGCUGUCAUCACAAGGGAAGAAGCUGAAAGAAUUCGUAGAAUAGCAGAGAGGGGACUGUCCUUGGGAGGAUCUGAUGGAGGGGCAUCAAUUCUGGACUUGCACUCUGGAGCUCUUUCCCUGGGGAAGCAUUUUGUUAAUCUGUACAGGUACUUUGGGGACAAAAUUCAAGACAUCUUCACAGAGGAGGAUUUUGCCUUAUACAGGGAUGUGAGGCAGAGGAUUCAGCAGAGGAUUGCUCAGGUGUUUGGGAUCAGCUCUUCUGCCUUGUACCUGACCAAGCCAACCUUCUUCUCCAGGAUGAACAGCACAGGGGCCAAGACAACACAUGAUGAGUACUGGCACCCACACGUGGACAAGGUGACUUAUGGCUCUUUUGACUACACUUCUCUGCUCUAUCUCUCUGACUACUCCAAAGACUUCGGGGGUGGACGUUUCGUGUUCAUGGAUGCAGAUUCCAACAAGACAGUGGAGCCCCGAGCAGGCCGGGUGUCGUUCUUCACCUCGGGCUCGGAGAACCUGCACCGGGUGGAGAGGGUGCAGUGGGGCACUCGCUUUGCCAUCACCAUCUCCUUCAGCUGUGACCCCCAGCACGGCAUCGGGGACCCCGGGGUGACAGGGCACCAUCCCUGAGUGCCCUGCAGGGACAGACCCCGGGGUGACAGAGCAUCCCCUAAGUGCCCUGCAGGGACAGACCCCGGGGUGACAGGGCACCAUCCCUGAGUGCCCUGCAGGGACAGACCCCGGGGUGACAGAGCAUCCCGUGAGUGCCCUGCAGGGACAGACCCCGGGGUGACAGGCACCAUCCCUGAGUGCCCUGCAGGGACAGACCCUGGGGUCACAGAGCAUCCCUGAGUGCCCUGCAGGGACAGGCCCCAGGGUGACAGGGCACCAUCCCUGAGUGCCCUGCACAUCAGCUCUGCAUGACAGCAACCUGCAAGAAGAGAGGAGAAAGCAGCUCUUGGAACCUCCCUUGCAAUCAGAACUGCCCAGCUGUGGGAACAGCUGUCACACAUUUUGAUUUCACAGCUCCUUUUCCAUAAAUGUUGCAAAUGGUGGCUCAAGGACCAUUCUAAAUUUGAUGCAUUCUGAAAAUGGUUUGACUUCAUAUGCCAUGGGGACAGGCUGCAAAGAAGAGAGAAUGGGCUCCACAAAAAAAGAGGGAAUGGGCUCCACAAAAAAAGAGGGAAUGGGCUCCACAAAGAAGAGAGGCUGAACUCCACAAAGAAGAGAGAAUGGGCUCUACAAACAAGAGAGGAUGGACUCCACAAAGAAGCAAGAAUGGGUUCCACAAACAAGAGGGAAUGAGCUCCACAGAGAAGCAAGAAUGGAUUCCACAAAGAAGAGAAAGUGGGCUCUUCAAUUUUUUAAUAUUUUUAAAAAAUUCUUCAGUUUGAAAGAUACAAACAAUCUUUGGGCCAUGCCUUGAUGUGACUCCAGGCUGCUGUUACCUGUUCACUUCUUUGGUCUCCUCAUUACUAAUGUGGUGUGGAAAGUCUGAUCUCAAUGAAUUGAGCCUCAGUUAAUUAAAACCUGAGUUAAUUGCAUGUUACUGUCUAGAGCACACCUUCUGUUGAGAGGGAUGGAUUCUCUGAGUGUGGCAUCAAUGGGGAAUACCCUGGGCCUUGAACUUUUUUGAAAAUGUAAUUACUACUGAUUCAUAAUUCAGGAAGUCUCUCAGUAGCUAUUUUUUGAUUUCUCUUUUCCAGUUUAGCAGGAAGACUUUUUUUGUUAAUGAGAAUCCUGAAUAUUAAAUUGCAGGUUCUUCCAAGAGGAGCUGUCUGCAAACACAUGCAUAAUCCUGCCAAAUACUUUAAAGUUUUUACUGCAGAGAUUUCUCUGGGUCAGGAGGUUGAUAAAUAAACGGUAGAAAAACCUAUUUUCUUUUCAAUCAAACUCUGAAAUAACCACAUUGAUCUGGUUUAUUACCUGGAUGUAUAAUUUCUGUGAAAAACUGAAAAUCUGGGAAUGUGCUUUGAUUUUUUUUUUUAAUUUUAUGCAUACGGUUUGGACUUUAUAAUGUAACCUUUUGUGGAAAUAAUAAAUAGUGGGGGGAAUUACAGUGAAGAUCAAUAUCAAGAGGAAUAAGAGGACACUUGGACUUGUGAGGGCUCUCACUGGGCACACCAGCAAGAUUAGUCCUCUGUAAUUUCAUUUCUUUGUUCUGAAACUUAAAAAUUCUUCCUUGUCUGUACUAACAAGGGAGAAUUGUUAAAUUGUCUGAAUGCAAGGAAAUAUUAAAGUCACUUGGGUUUCAUAUUGAAAUACUUGUCUUAAAGCCUGUUUUUUUCCAAGGAAUUUGCAUUACAACAUGUUUUAAAUCUGUGUGAAGGCAGACCAAGAACACCAGCAGCUUGAUUCAAAUGUAGAUUUAAAUGAGAUUUAAAUGUAGGGCAAAAGCCUAACAUGAAUGCCCUGUGUUUGCUGGUUUCUCCUGUGAGAGGCACUUGUGGAGCUGCCCUCUGUCAAAUCCUGCUCAACAAAAUCAUCUCAGCCCAUGGGGGAAAUCUCAGCUCAUCUCCUCUUGGAUUUUCACCUUCUGAAGAUCCUGUGUCCUGUAAUAACUGCAGCCCCUGGUGCAUCUCCUGCUGGGAGCUGAUGGAUGCUCAGAAAUAAAAUCCAGCUGGUUUUUGUCUUUCGGAGUUUUUAAGCCUCAGUAAUCUGGUCAUUAUGAUGACCAAACCUGUCAGCUGUGAUUUGUUAGGAAAUUGUGCACUGUGCAUGGUAGGUGAGCUCUUCUCUGGAAAAAAGCCAAAUAUUUUGUAUCUUUUAGUGCCGCUGAGAUUCUUCUGUUUAGAGCUUCAAUAUCCAGACUGCUAAAAGCAAUGCCCAAAUCUAGGGAGAAUUUAAAUGGCAAAUGAGGAAAUAAAGUGCAAUCUAAAUGUUUCUGAAGGUGGCCUCCAGCAGGAAGCAGUAAUUGCAGAAUGUUCCUGGGGCACAGUGGAAUUUGAAUUCAAUUCAAAUUAUUCAGCUUAAUAAGAACAAACUUGGUCAAAUUUAUUUUAGGCCACUUAAAUACCCUGAAUAACUUUUUAUUAAGAGUCUCUCCAGGUAAUGGCAUGUAACUCUGAACUUGAAAUAAAUUAAUUUCUGUCCUUUUG